GAAGGAAACUGACCCAGGAAACAGAAGAGCACCAACACCUCCCUCUCUCAUGUUGAUAAGAGAUGUGCUCCACUGAUCCUCCACCUGUCUUGAAGUGUGUUUGAGUGGAGCUGCUGGAUGGGACCAUGGGGCUCUCUCUGCUCCGUGUGCUCUCCUUAUUCUUGCUGAAUACACUCCUCUCCUGUGGACUCACUGAAUAUGCUGAGCUGACCUUUGAACCCAACUCCACCACUCUAUAUUCUGGGGAGCACGUUGAUCUCACGUGUCACAUGAGAGAAGCAAAUGUCAGUGAGUCGUAUUAUGAGUUCAAGUGGAACGACAAACCACUGGUCCCCAUCACUCCCACUAACGUCCUCAGGUUUCCAGAGCUAACGCCCGACAGGAACGGGGAUUAUCAGUGCAUCGCUCACCACAACAGAUCAGAAGAGAGCAAACAGAGCAACAGGGCCACUCUCUCUGUGUCAGCACACAGACCCAGAGCCACAGUGAGAGCAUCCAGGACGUCCAUCCCAGUGGGCGGCUCUCUGACUCUGACCUGUUCUGUGGAGGAGUCUGCUGGUUGGAGCUACGACUGGUUCACACGUUCCCCAGACGCUGAGGAAACCGCCAUCGCAACAAAUCCUGAGCACAACUCUCUGAGCAUCUCACAGGGAGGCAGCUACUGGUGCAGGGGAAGAAGGACUCACUCAGAUUUCUUCUCAGAGAAGAGUCACGUGCAUCACAUCGACAGAACCUUGUCCAACAGAAGCUUUGUCGUGCUGCAACACAACUGGACUCAGAUAUUCAGCGGUGAGACGAUCUCUGUCCGGUGUGAGAUCCAGGGAGGAGGAGACACCCAGUGGGAAUAUGAAUGGAGGACAACAAGCUCCCACCAACCAGUCACUGGUCCAAACACAGCUCCCACACACAGUGAAUACAGGCUGGGCCCUGCCUCUGUUUUCCACAGUGGAGAGUACUGGUGUAAGGCCAGAGCGGACUGGUAUUCCUCAACAGAGUGGAGUGAGGCCUUCCAGCUGAGAGUAACACCCGAUAAACCCAGACCCAGGCUGACUGCUGAUAACACAACCAUCACAGGAAAGGGAAGCGUAGCACUGACCUGCUCUGUGGAGAACGCAGCUGAGUGGAGAUACGACUGGUUCAGAAGAACCUCAGCCUCCUCUGCAGCUCAGAUCCUAAGAUAUAAUGAAACAGAUGAUGAACUCAGCAUCUCAGAGGAAGGCAUCUACAGCUGCAGAGGACGGAGAGGAGACACAAGCUUCCUCACAGAGGACAGCAACCGAGUCUCAAUAGAGAACAGAGUUUCCCACAAGGCCUCUGUGGUCCUGCAACCUGACUGGUCUCUGGUCUUCAGUGGUGAGAGGAUCACUGUCCGGUGUGAGGUCCCUGCAGAUGAACUGACUGAGUGGGAGUAUGAAUGGACCAAACCCAACUCAACUACGGCUCCAACACACAAUGAACACAGGAUUGUCAAUGCGUCCUCCUCCGACAGUGGAAGCUACAGGUGUUUGGCUAAAGACAAGAAGAACUUGAAUUCCACGACCGAGUGGAGCGAUGACGUCACAUUAACAGUUUCUGAAAGACCAGUGGCUCACCUGAGUGCUGACCACAGAGCCUUUCCAGUAGGGGGCAGUGUGCUCCUGACCUGCUCCGUGGGCCCAGCAUCACCUGGAUGGAAGUAUUACUGGUUCAGAGGUGAGAAAACCUCGGAGCCCCUGACGGAUGAGGACUUCAAGUCACAUGGACAAAGUGCUAGUGCCUCACGUGAAGGACUGUACUGGUGCAGAGGAGGAAGAGGAGAUCCAGUUUACUACACCCAGUACAGUCACCCAGUCAGGAUUCAUGGAAUCGUCCACAACACAGCUGCUGUGACUCUUCAACCCAACUGGCCGAGCAGAUACAGAGGAGAAGCCUUCACCCUGAGGUGUGAGAUCCAGGGAGGAGACUCUGAGUGGGAGUAUGAAUGGACAGCAACCAGCUCACAGGCACCCCCCAACACAAAGGAGUUCAGGAUCAGUCUGGGAUCAGAUCUGAGCGGCAGCUACUGGUGUCAGGGCCGACUGAAAGGUGCACGGCAGAACUCAACAGGAUGGAGUGCUCCCCUCACGUUGCCUAACGCGGCUGCACCACCACCUGUCCUCACUGUGUCUCCAUCAUGGCUGACUCCUGGAACCUCAGGGACUCUCACCUGUGGGGGGGUUCCACAUCCCACUGCAGGAUGGAGGUUCUACUGGUACAGAGCGGACACCAUUAGUUUGGAUCAAGCCCCCAGAUGUAAACAGUCAAUUCGAUAUGGGUGGAGGGAUAUUCACUAUCCUAAGUUCAGUUAUGAGCUGCUCCCAGGAAGCGACGGAGGAACUGAACAAAACUCCUUCAUCAUCCAAGACCUGACGGAGUCAGCAGGUUAUUCAUGUCGAGCUGGAAGAGGAGACCCCGUGUUUUACACUGAGUACAGUAACACAACGUGGGUGUGGCCUGUAGGACUGACCUGA